AUGGGCGUGGACGUCGAUGCCGCUCCUGCAGUGGAGCACGGCGUGCGGCGGGGGCUGGCCGCGCACGGCCGCAGCGUCAGCGCCAAGGAGGGCGUUAUCUAUCGAUCCAACGCGCACGCCGCGUCCCUCCACCCUCGCUCGAGAGCCGGCGGCAUGGCAGCAGCGCCGUCUGCGGAAAGCCAGGCCAAGGAGACUAAAGACGACGGGCAAGUUAAUCCCUAUGGUGCGGGCGGAGGGGCUUCUCUGUCUCCUGGCGCCGAUGCUUCCAAGGAGUGCUUUGAUGGGAGCGACGGCAAGGGACUCCGCGCGACUGCUUACGACGAGCACAGCAACGCGAUGCGCGGCGGAGCUGGCGCACCCGGAGGCGGCGGGGGAGCGCGCGGAGCCGCACAGGCGGAAGGGAUGGCUGAUUUCCGCACGUGGCUCGAGGACCAGAUUAGGUUUAGCGAGUCGCUCUCCAUGAUGAGCGCCGCCAUGGCCGGCUCGUCCUCAAAAACCGCUGGUUCGGUUCCGCGCACUCGUUCCGCCACCGUAGUGUCACUUGCCCGCCUCCCGUCGCUCCCGCUCUCCACGCACGCCGCCGGGAGCGCCACUGCCGCAGCCGCAUCGCCUGCUGCAGACGGAGCUUCUGCACCCGAUUCCGCCCUUCCCGUAUCCGGUCCGCUGCUGCCCCCCAACGCUGUUGUUCCGCUGACUCUUGGAUCCGCCUCUGGCGCCUCUUCCGCCGGAUCUGGCGGCGGGGGCAUGCUGCUGAGCCGCUUCUCCCCGCUUCGCGCGCUCGCUCGGGUGGCGGCGCGCCGAUCGCGCUGCUGCUUCUCCAUGCACGUGCACGGCAUCAGCGGCCUCCCGCCGGCGUUUAACCGUCCGCCCAGCGGCACCCCGAGAAACGGCGGUGGCGGCGGGGGAGGAGGCUGGGAGGCUGUGGUGACGUGGCAGCGGCGCGGAAUGGCGGUGGGAACGAGCUUUGCGGAGGUGAACGAGGGGGUGGUGAAAUUUGAGCAGAUGCUUCAGUUAUCGUGCACUCUUUACUUCUCCUCCGGUCCCUCGUCCACGCUGCGCUUUCAGGGCAAGCCGUCUACCGUGGUUGUCCGCGUGCUCGACCGCACGGGGGGCGGAGCUGGCGGAAGGAGCGCUGGUGCGGGCGCGGGGGGAGCGGCGGAGGGUCGGAUCGGCAGCAGCUACGAGAUCGGACGGCAUCUGGUGGAUCUCUCGCGGCUCGUCCCGCAGUCGCUUGUGGAAACGGAGAUCGGGCCGCACACGCUCUCGUUCCCGCUUGACGGCCCCGCGAAAGGCGCCGUGUUGCUCGCUACGUUCGGGUAUGAGUUGCAGAUCAACCAGCACAGCGGUGGUGGCGGCAGCGGGAGGUACGGGGAGGCGCGGGUUGCCCGCGCCGAAACCCGCGCGUUCCGCGCGUUUUCGCUCCCCAGCAGCGCGCGCACCUCCCCCAGUUCGAGCCCGUCGCGGUCGUCGGGAUGGGCGGGCGCCACGACCGCGACUUCGUCGUCUAGCGCAGCGUGGGAGGCACGGAGCGGCGGAGGGGAGUGGGGGAUGGAGGAGGGGCAGGGGGAGACCCCGGGGGUGGAAGAGGGCCCUGAGGCGACGUCGCUAGAGCGAGAGGGGGAAGUGGUGGAGGGGGAGGUUGGGGCGGGGGAGGGGGUAGUUCACGCCGGCGGGAAAGGGGAAGUUGAAGCGGAGAGCGCAGUGGGUAAGGGUGGUGGCGGUGAGAGCGGAGAGAGGGCGGAGAGCGGAGGGGAGGUCGAGUCUGUUGUGGUGAGAGAGGGGUGGGGUGCGACAGAGGGUGAUAGAGUGGGUAUUGAAGGGGAAGGCGUGGGGAGGGACAAGGAAGGUAAGGGAGUGGGUGUGAAUGAGGAAGGAUCUCUAGAUGUUUCUGGUAGUAGUGAGUCUGGGAGGGACGCUGUGAAUAAUGAAUCACAGGAUGAUACUAUAAUGGAUGUGAUUGAAUUGGAGGACAUUGUAGCGAUUGAGUCGUCAGAGGGGGCUGAGUCACCGUUCACAACACGGGUCCCAGCCGUUUCUUCCGCUGGUGCUGCUGCUGAUUCCUCGCUCUCUGCUCCACAUGCAGCACCAGCAGAAGGGGUGGCGAGUGAUGGGGCCGGUGGGGCGGAGGAGGAAGAGGGAGUGGGAGUUCUAGAGGAGGAGAUGGAGGCAGUCACUGAUGAGUUUCUGGCUCUGCUUCUGGACGGGCAGCUGAGUCCAGAGAGGAAAGGCGGCAGCAGAAGCAGCAGCAGCAGUGUGAAGGGUGCUGGCAGCAGUGGUGCUGUGAGUGGUGCUGCAGUAGCUGGCGGUGCGGUGGGAGGUGGUGGGCUUGUGCUUGCAAGCUCGACUCUGUCCCACAGUGGCAUGCUCACAGUGGGGAACAAUGGACUGUGGCUGGAUAAGAUUCCAGAGGAGGAGGAAGGGGAGUCCAUCCAUUGCACGAAUCUCAUCUCAUGGCUUCCAUCUCCCUUGCCUGUGCUACUCUCGUCUACCGUUUGCCUGCGUCAGUUCCCAGUAUCCCUUCUGCUGUAG